CGACAAGCCUCGCUUCUCUUACGAGCCUCCGAGUCAGUACUCAGUCCUCAGCCAACAUGUCUCAAAUCAACCUGCAGAUCACGUACUUCGUCUGGGCUCCGGACAGCAAAGUCGGCGACGUCAUGCAGAAACGUAAGGCCGUCGACAGCGAGCAUAACGAGUGGAUGGAGGCCCGCCGCGCGGAUGGCAUCCUCCAGUUCGGUGGUGCGAUCUUGAACAAGGACGAGAAGUUGCCGCUCACGGUUGUUCCCGACAUCGCUGGGACCUUGCUGAUCGUCAAGGCCGACAGCCUGGAGGCUGCACGCAAGCUCAUUGAACAGGAGCCGUACUACAAGGCCGGUGUGUGGGACACGAGCGACAUCAAGAUCGGACCUGUCCUUUCCAGGGCUUAG